AUGACAAAGAACCAGUCUUCUUCAGAAGUGCAUAAUAUACGUUUUAGUAUUAUUAUGAGUGCAGACUCUAUAUCAGGUGUUCAUCCCCUACAAUAUGGAUGGGUUAUUUAUGUACAAAUACAGUUCUAUAAUGAUUCGGAUAAGAAAAAGGGAUACAGAAAUUCUUUUAUUCCUUUUUGUAAGUUCACAAAUGUAGAAGGAUUCUGGUUGAAUUGGAACAAGUUAGAGAACGUGACUAAUAUGUUUUAUGAUGGAGAGAUAAGGAGUAUCAAAAGAAUUGAUAGUACAUGCCCAACGGAUCAGCCAAAAGACAUUAGUAGUAUCUUCAGACUCGGAGUUGAACCUAUAUGGGAAGAUCCUUUGAAUACCAAUGGUGGUGAGCUUCGAGUGACCUUGAAUGUCCUUAUGAUUGGUGGCAGUCUGAUUGACUGUGAAGAGAUUUGCGGAGCUCAGCAAACCAAAGAGGAAGAUUAUUGA